ACAAAACAUUCGAGGGGAGCCAACUGGACCUUCGCGUUCCGAUCGCAGAACAUUCGCCGCCUCCUUUGCGAUUCACGGCAUAAACCUCGUCGCACCGAGGACUCGACGCCGGACACAGUCGCCGGCGACUCACGAAUUCCCCUUCCUCUUCCAACUUCCUCCCCCCUUGCCCAAUUCGAACGGGAAGUGACGCCGCCCCCGGCCGCCGUCUCGGGUUUUGCGGAAUUUCCGGCGAUCGGGAAGGAGGAGGAGGGGCUGCUCCGGGAGGGACCAUGGGAGGCGGCAAGUGGUGGAAGAUCGCCGUGCUCUUGGGGGUGCUGGGCGCGAUGAGGGAAGCGAACAAGCGAUACGGGUGGGACAAGGAGAGUGCGCUCAGGGUGUUCGAGGAAUGGUCCGACCGGCUGGGCGUGUGGGCGAUCCCCGCGUACGUCGGGGUUCACACCCUCACUCUCGCCCUCUGCCUCCCUUACGCCAUCUUCUUCGAGGCCGGGGCUUCUCUCCUCUUUGGGUUCUCCACUGCCGUCCUCUGUGUGUUCGCCGCCAAGUUGCUCGGCGCUUCGCUCUCGUUUGGGAUCGGCAGGCUAGUUUUUAGGAGUUCAAAUUCAGCAAUGGAAUGGGCUCAAAGCAACAGAUACUUUCAUCUGCUUUCUAGGGGAGUUGAACGAGAUGGUUGGAAGUUUGUUCUUCUUGCUCGGUUCUCACCCAUACCAUCAUACAUAAUAAACUAUGCCCUGGCGGCUACCAAUGUUGGGUUUGUAUUGGAUUUCCUCCUUCCCACAGUCAUUGGCUGUGUGCCAAUGAUCCUACAGAAUAUAUCCAUCGGCAGCCUUGCUGGUGCUGCCGUGGCCACAGCUUCUGGAACUAACAAAUCUAGGGUCUGGUCAUUCUUGUUUCCCAUGCUUGGGAUUUUAUCGAGCAUUCUUAUAUCCUUCAGGAUCAAAAGUUAUUCCGCUGCUAUGAUGGUGGAUGAAUCUUCUGUUAAUAAGGGUACUGAUAAUCAUGGUAUUACAACUGAUUCAGCCCACAUUUCAAGCAGCAGAAAAGAGAGUAAGGACGUCAAGAGAAGACGGUGAUAAAUCUAGAAAGCCUCUGCAGUUUACAUUUCUCACAAUUCUCUCGGUUUAGAAGAUGUUUGCCAUUCUGGAUAUGUGUUCUUAUCAUCCAGAGGGGGCUCUUUCAUGCAUUAUUGACUGACAUGUUGAAGCUUUGGAAGUUUGUUGCAGGCAUAAGUCAUAGCAUUUAACAAAUUAUGCAGGGAAAGCUUUAGGCCUCUGCUCUUACUUAUAUGGUAGAUUGUGUAACUUUGGUUCUCUAGAGCCCGAGUUUUAUUGGUAACCUACUUGACUGGUUCCUUCUUUUUGGACUUUAGUUCA